AGCUGAUUUUUCUGAAAGGCAACCCAUCCUCUUCGGAUAGUCUUGGGUCAUGAGACCAGGCAUUGUCCCCCAUACGUUCGCCCCCAAAUCACACACCCAAAUCACAUUCAUCUACCAGACCUUCCUUCUGCACCCAUGUCGAGCUUCGUGGCUUUCCUCUCUGGCGCCGACCAGUAUGGACGAUGGGUCCCUGACGAGGAGGUCACGGCCAGCGCAUACCUGGGCGGUUCGACGGUGGACUUCAGCCAGGCUUUGUUUGAGCACCCGGUGAUCACCAUCAGGAGCACCGCUUUUUGGGGCAGCGUCACAUUGAUUGUACCACCCAACGUGAAGGUGGAACAGGACGGUGCGGCCAUUUUGGGCGGCUUCGGCGAUGUGGGAGGUGUUUGGCAAAACACACUGAAUGACCUUCCGCAGAAUCUCCAGAAUCCUCCAGCCGUGACCAUCCGCGUGGUCGGCACCGCCCUGAUGGGCACAGUGAAGGCGGUGGUGAAUCCGCGAGCGGCUCCUGCACAACUGCUGAGCCAUGAUGAGGUUGUACGGAUCUUGCGAGAGGUGCCAGCAGAGCCCUCCACUACCGUUCAGGACUUCAUGGGACAAGCACUACAUGCACAUGCACAAGCCCAAGCACAAGCCCAGCAAGCGCGACAGGCUUCAGAGCAAGCCAUGGCACAGGCACUUGCACACGCUAUGGGGGCUGCAGCUGGCGCAAAUGCUGGCCUUCCUGUGUCGGGUGCACCAGGAGGCGUGCCCAUGGCGCCUGUACCCGCUCCAAUGGGUGCUGUACCCGGGCCAGACCCAAGGCAAGCAUUGCUUCAAGGCCUUGUGACGGCACAGGCGCAGAGUGGUGACCCAAGAGCAGCACUGCUACAGCAAGUGCUGAAUGCACAGACGGCAACGCAAGCGCAAGCUCAACCAGUUCCACAGCAAGUAGCGCCAGCACAGGGGCAUCCUGUUUCUGCAGGAGGAAACUUGCAAGGUAUGGAUUGAGCCUUCAGCGUGUGCUGACAGGCAUGUUUGGUUUCACAAACUGUACUCCCAGUGCCGUGUUGCCAGAGUUGGCCAAGUGUGUAAACGCAACAGCCAGCAGUAGCGGCGCCUGCCGCCUGUGGGUUUGCAUGUCCGUUUGUUUGCCAUGCAAUCUCAGGGAGCAGGAUGCUUGUUGAGAAGGAGUUGCCUUUAGGUGUUCAUUAUUCAUUUGCGGCAGUGUAUAGGUGGGACUUGUCCAUGUCGAACAGAGACAAAUCUCCGACUGCCAACGAGAACUGGAGAAAA